GGAGUAAGAUGGCCGUCGUGUACUAGAUCCUAUUUGCGGUAAGAGACAUGUAUUUGUGGGAUGUUUACACUAGAUUCCCUUCUUGUCCUCUAAGAAUACCAAAGGUAGUUAGCAGGAUUUGAACAAGCUGGACAUGAGCUGUAAGAAGUUAAGGAAUAAUUCCUGCUCAUCUAUCUUUUCUUUCUUUGGCCACAACGAGAACCACCAAAUGCCAUUUACAGCAAUGAUACUGGAGUUUACAACAAGAGCUGAUUAAACGAGAGACCAGAAGAGGGCAGUAGUAUGAGCCUUGCGGCGUCUGCUCUGUCAGAAUUAAAGAAGAAGAAGAAGAAGAAGAAGAAGAAGAAGAAGAAGAAGACCGCUCAGCCUUUUCAUCGAUUCCAAAUCCUCAAAAUCUUUUUCUUGAAAAUGUCUAAAGUCCAAGAACUGAGAGUUUUAGUGAACCAGAGACUGAGUGCAGCUGCUGAAGAGAUCUUUGAGCUGUUUGAAAGAACGAUAUUAGAGUACGAGGAGAAACUCUGUGGAUCUAAAGAGAAUCAACACAAACAGAUGAUCACUGUUUACAACCAUGAAGACCAUUUACUCAAAACAGGUUUGAACAUUUUUAUAUUUUUACUGACGACUACUGUUUAAAGAGGACUACCCUCUCAGCCUCCUGUGAAAAUUUCCUUCUUCUGGAACAGUUUUUUUUAUGAGGUUCAGGUCGGUUACUGGUCUGUGCACUCAUGUCCUGUCUCUACAAACACAUUAUUGAUGUAAACCCAGAACUUCACAGACAACUAUGAUUGACCUUUUGCACAGCCUUAGCUUUUUGUUAGUACACACCCCAAACAGUAAAUCAGUAUGGAUGUCCACUUUCUUCUCAACUGACAGCCUGAAAGUCAGAGUCUAAUCCAUGAACUGUCUCCACAUGCUGUGAGUGUCACUAUCAGGAACCCCUGAGUUUUUGGUGAUGUGGUGCAACAAGCAUUGAGAUCUGUGAAUAAUGCAGAUAAUUUAUCUGCUUUAGGGGGAAAAAGGAGAUUUUAGUCUGGUGUGUAGUUCUUAUAUUUCACAGAUAAUGCACAGGAUUAAAGGGAUAUUUCGGCGGAAAAUUAAUUUAGGGUCAAACACACCAUUACACCAAGCUAGACACCCCCUCCAGAGAUGAAUGUUGCCGACCGCUUGCUUCUCUAGUCUCCAUGACAACCCUCAAGGCAGUUGUUUUAUCUUAAUCUCUGGUACUUAUAGCAAUUUCUGUUUUUUAUUUGAUUCAAUGUCCUCUACAGGUGUCCAGCAGCUUUCAGUGAGUAAAAAAGAGGUUUCCCUUGAGCUUCAGGAGGACUCACCAGAACCACCACACAUUAAAGAGGAACAGGAGGAAGUGUGGAGCCAAGACGGAGAGCAGCUUCAAGGAAUGAAGGAGGCUGAUAGCAGCACAGUAAUACUCAAUCCUGUCCCUGUGAAGAGUGAGGAAGGAGACAGAGAGAAACCUCCAUCCUCACAGUCUCAUGAAAACCAAACUGAAAAAGACGGAGAUGCAAAACAUGUGAAAACAGAAGAUGACGGAGAGGACUGUGAAGGAUCAGAACCAGACGGGAACUUGAAUCCAGACAGUCAUUUACAACAUGUUACCCAUGUAAAACCACCAGACUCUCCUCAGUGUCAAACUAACCAUGUGAAGUGGUAUUUUGAUAACAUAAGUGAAGUUCAAUCAGGUUUGGACUCUUUGCAAAAUAUAGUCGUGUUUGUGAGUCAUACUGGAGAAACAAUAGUUAGCUCCUCUGAAAGUGCCACAAACUGUGGUCAAGAGGAACAACUGCAGAAACAACGUGUUGACCAGACAGAGGCCAAUCCAUUUCGCUGCUCAAUUUGUGGCAAAAGAUUCCCAGAAAAAAACUCCUUAAUUAAUCACAGGAGCCUCCACUCAGAACAAAAACGGUUCAGCUGCUCCGUUUGUAACAAAAAAUUUUAUUGGAGAAAAGACAUUUUGACACACAUGAGAAUCCACACAGGAGAGAAACCAUACAGCUGCUCUCUCUGUGGGAUGAGAUUUGCUCAAAGCUCCAAUUUGGUCUCACACUUAAAGGUUCAUACAGGUGAAAAACCCUUCGCCUGUUCAAUUUGUAAAGCACAUUUCAGUUUGAAAAAAACUUUAGAUGAACACCUGAGAACUCAUAGUGGAGAGAAGCCAUUCAACUGUGUACUUUGUGGCAAAAGAUUUUCACAGAGGGGACACAUGAGACGACACUUGGCUGUUCACACGGGAGAGAAAUCCUUUCGUUGUUCAGUCUGUGGUAAAGGAUUUGCGCAAAAUGUAAAUUUGAAAAAACAUUUGACUGUCCACACCAGAAAGAAACCGUUCAGUUGUGAUGUUUGUGUUAAAGCAUUCACUCGCCUCUGGUAUCUGAAAAAGCACAAGUGUCUGGGUGAGAGCAGUGCAAAUCAACAAGGCAGUGGAGCUGGUUGUGAGGCCAUUUCCCCCAAAAAUGUAUGAAUUACUAAUGCCAGACUAUGUUUGAUUCGUGUUAGGUUUUGAUAGAGACUCAAAGAAAAUUGUGUUUGAUUGUUCUGACUUGUUUGUUAAGUUUGUUCUGUUUUUAUGCAUUCCCAUAUUUAGAUAUGUUUGAGUUAUAAUUGAACUAUGUACCUUCAUAUGUGCCUUUAGUGUGAUUUAUGCUGUAACCCUAACAAUUACCAGAUGUCAACCAAACUUCUUAUCGUGUUUAUGGUUCAAGGGCUCCUUGUAUACUGUCAAAUAAAAUGAAAAUGAUUUUUUUUUAAAUACAAA